AUGAACGGACGAGUGACGCAAGUCUCGACGGCCAUUCACCUCUACUCCAUCCACUAUGCCACCCUCAUCUUCACCCGGACUCGCGCCGCCAUCAAACGCGCAACCAAGCCCAAGACAACCCAAUCUACGACCAUUGCUGGCGAGACGAAGCGCUCCCCAGCCUCAAAGAAACCCAUUACGACUAAAACCCCAGCUCGUGGCGACGUGCUCCCCAAGCGCCCAAAAGUCGAGAAGAGGGAGGCGACAAAGCAGGCCAAAAAGGAGAAGGAGAAGGCGAGGAAGGAGGAUGUGAACGCGAAGAAGGCUUUGGAGGCGGAGCUUGUGACGAGGGAGAAGGUGAAGGAGAUUAAGGAGAAGAGGAAGGCGGCUAGGGCGGAAGGUGUUGCGUAG